GCCAUCUGCUAAAGGGAGAAAAACACCAAGAAAGACAAGAGCUACAUUAUAGACGAGAAAUUAAUUAGGAAUAACGAAGGAAGAAUUAAUACAGGAAGUAUUUUAUUGGACACCUUGAGGCUGUUUUACAGGUGUGUGGAUGAUCGAGAUUAUAGAGGAGGAUACGACUGCGGAUGUCGUAUCCCUGUGAUGUUGUGAGAUUUGAUCAAACAUGUAAAAGGAUGUUUAAACAAUUCAAACGUGGAUUUUACGCUUCAUCACCGCCUUGCUGAGAUCCAUGGAACCAAACUCUCCCACAGGUGACCUGGUGACCAGGAUCUGAAGCUUUGCUGAUAAAAUGCUGCUGAUGCUGACCCCAUCCACCCGGUGAGUAAGUCGGGGGUCAACAGACGAGAGGGAGUCGUCCUGUCCGAGGCCAUGGUGGUGAUGGAGGGCGACAGGGCGCUGCUCGCAGCGAGGAAAGGGGACGUGCAGAGUCUGAAAGCGCAAUUAGCGGCAAAGGUGCUCAACAGCGACAUCAAGGAUGCGCUCGGAGCUUCACCUGUCCACCACGCCGCCAGGGCCGGGAAACUGAGCUGUUUGCGUUUCCUGGUGGAUGAGGCUGGACUGCCGGGAAACUGCGUGGCCAACAACGGGGCCACUCCGGCGCACGACGCGGCGGCUACGGGCAACCUGGCCUGCUUACAGUGGCUGCUGACCCAGGGUGGAUGUCGGCCAGAGGACAGAGACAGUUCUGGCGCCACUGUUCUCCACCUGGCAACUCGCUUCAGCCACCAUGAGAUCACCGACUGGCUGCUGAAGAGCGGUGAGGGGGACCCCGGGGCCCCUACAGAUACAGGUGCCCUACCUGUUCAUUAUGCUGCUGCCAAGGGAGACCAGGCUUCCCUCCGCCUGUUACUGGGGCACAGCCCAAAUCUUGUCAACUCCCAAACAAAGAAUGGUGCCACACCGCUUUACCUGGCCUGCCAGGAAGGUCAUCUGGAGGUUGUCCAAAACCUGGUGAAGGACUGCGGGGCAGAUCCGAGCAUCAGAGCCAACGACGGGAUGACACCUCUGCAUGCUGCUGCUCAGAUGGGCUACAACACUGUCAUUGUCUGGCUAAUGAGCUUUACAGACAUCAGCCUGACGGACAGAGAUGGAGACGGAGCCACAGCGAUGCACUUCGCAGCCAGCCGGGGUCAUGCAAAGGUGCUCAGCUGGCUGCUGCUGCACGGUGGAGAGAUCGUUACUGACAACUGGGGAGGGACCCCCCUCCACGAUGCUGCAGAGAACGGAGAACUGGAGUGCUGUCAGAUACUUGUGGUGAACGGGGUGGACCUGGGCAUCCAGGACCAGGACGGCUUCACCGCAGCAGACCUGUCUGAAUACAACGGCCACUCUCAGUGUGCCAAGUAUCUGCGCACAGUGGAGAACAUGAGUGUGGAGCAUCGUGUUCUGUCUCGAGAUCCUUCGACGGAGCUUGAGUACAAGCAGCCAGACUCUGGCCUCUCGUCCCCAAACACCACCAUGCCUCCUCCCAGCCAGGCAGUAAAUUUUGACAUCGGUUCACCAUCCAGCUCCCUGUCCAACUACGACUCUGCCAACUCCAGCCAGUCCAGCACUGGGGAGAAGAGGAGCAGCUUAACGACGUCACGAGGCCCGCCCACACAGCUGAACACAGUUGCUCAUCAAGGUGCACCAGAAUCAGCCAUUUCAGAUAUGCAAGCAUACAUGGAUAUGCUGAACCCAGACAUCCGCACUGAUGCUCCCAAGAGGAUCGAAGCACCUGGUGGUGGUAUUCCCAAACCUCCACCUCCUCCGACCUGUCCGCCCCCACCUCCUCCCAAAUCUCCUCCAGAACCUCCACCACCUCCUAACUACCCUGCACCGCAGCCUCCUCAAGAGCCUUUACCGGCUGAGUUCCUCAAGGUGAAAAGCAACUUGCGGCAUGUGGAGAGUAAAACUGGCAAAAAGCAGCUGACUCCAGGAGAAAGCCACGACAAAUUGCGGCGUGUAGACUCAAACAGGAAGUCGAGGAGUUUUAACAAACAGCCCAGCACUGGGGACUACUACAAGACUCUGGGCGACGACACGGCAGAGCCCCGUGGAAGCAAAGGCAUGGCGCCGAACGAGGAGGGUUCGGUGUUACUGGAGGAGCCCACUGAAGCUCCUCCCCCCAGUGCCGAAAAUGGCACCACAGAGGAAGCCGUCCCACCUCCACCCCCACCGCCUCCACCACCUCUUCCUACAAGCAACCCAAUGCCAACUCCACCUCCCCCUCCCCCACUACCCCCUGGGGGGCAAACCACCCAGAAUAAUGCCAGUAGCACCCCCACCAAUCAACGACGACCAUCCUCUUCAACAGGAAGUGGGUAUAUCUCUGUCUCCCAGCCAGAGGGAGGGCAUCUUAGACAGAACAAGAGCACAAAAUCAUUCAACAUGAUGUCCCCCACCGGUGACAACUCGGAGCUGCUGGCAGAGAUCAAAGCAGGGAAGAGCCUUAAGCCUACGCCACACAGUAAAGGCUACACCACUGUGUUUUCCAACAGCGGACCCACAGGCAACAAUGGGACUACCACACCUCCAGAGUCAUCAACCCCACCAGCCAAACCACCCUCCCCUCCACCAUCCAGUACGCCCGUCACCUCUCCACCCGUCACCUCUUCACCCGUCACUCCAAGCCCCAGCCCCAGCCCUAGCCCCAGCCCCACCGGCUCUGGAUCCUCCAGAGGUAUGUCUGCCUCUGUGAGCUCCGACCAACUGUCCUCCAACUCUGUUGUUAACGGAAAUGACAGUGGUACCUCAGCGACAGCCGAGUCGGCAAGGAAGAUGAGCCUGGCUGAUGUUGAAGCGCUGGUGCCCACUCUCGACGAGCAGGGGAAAGCCAUCCCUGAGUGGAAGAGGCAGGUGAUGGUGCGAAAGCUUCAGGUCAAGAUGCAGGAGGAGGAAGAGCACAAACGCAAGGCUGAAGAGGAGGCAAAGCGCCUGGCGUCAAUGCCGGCCUGGAGGAGAGACAUAAUGAAGAAGAAGAUGGACGAGGAGAGAUGUGACAGGGAACAAAAAAGAAAAGCAGAACAGCAGGCCAAACAGGAGAAGGAGAAAGAGGAAAAGAUGGAGCUGGAGCGACUACGAACCCUGGGCUACGAUGAGACCAAACUGGCCCCCUGGCAGAAGCAGAUCAUUCUGAAGAAAGGGGAAAUAGCCAAAAAGUGAACUGGAUUGCGUCCCUGUCCGCUGUUCUACACCGUUCUGCGCUGCACCCUCGCUCGUGUCACAUCCUCUAAUCCACACUGAACAACAGACCGUGGAGGAGAGCUUAUCUAAUCUGGUUUCUGGGUGAAGCGCAGCAGAACGAUCCUCCUCCUUUACGUCUCAGGGACGCAUACGCUCUGUCUUUUAGCACAACGUUUCUGACAUGCACUGACUCUUCCCGCUGAAGCAUUUGUUAAAAAUGCACAAAACUUCAAAUAUUUAGUAUCUUUGAGACUUUUCUGCAAAUCACUAGAGGGUUUUUCAUAGAAGACCGAUUAGUCGUGCUAUAGGGAUUAAAAGUAACACUCAAGCAUCUGAUUGCUCCAAGUUUGUGUCAUUUCCACUAAUUUUCCUCCUCAGCACAGGUUUAUUUUAUGAUGAGACAACGUUUUGUGUAAGGAGCGUCAAACCUUUAGCAUGUUUCCAUCACCACGUUAUUAAAUCAAGCUCUAGAAGAAUUUGUUGUACUUUUUUCCAAAAUGAUCCCUUUCUUUAGUUAAUUCUGUGGACUUUGAAAUAACAAAAGCUGAUGUAGAAGAGUAAACUGUUAUUUUUCCUGGAAAAUGAGGCAAAGGUCCAGUUUAGUUUUCUAAAAACGUGACCAACUGGGUAGGAUGUGUGUAUAUGUGUGUGUUGCACGACAGACACAAAGCGCGUUGUAGUGUGAUGUUCAAUUGGAUCUUCGGAAUAACUUUGCAAAGCACCUUCCAAGAGUUCUUCUUCUCUGUUCCGGCUUGUGUCCCACUAAGCUGGACGAUAAAUCUUUGAUAAGCAGAUCUGUUUACACAUCGUAGAGGUCUCUCUGUCCGCCACAAACCGGCUUACAAAAAUAUAAGGUUCCCUGUGCAGUUUCAGUACAAAGAUGCCUCACGGAAGGUAAUACAUGUGCAAUGCUGUAGAAUCCUCUUUAGAUGUUUUUUUGUCCAAAUUCUUUGUUCGUUUUCUUUUAUUUAUUUUAAAAGUUGGUUGAGGAUAGACUCGUUGGUUUAGGGUUUAUUAUCACGUAGUGACAAAUCGGUGGUGAAUAUUUGGAGCUAGAUGUUAAGUUGUAUCGGUGCGUCGUUAGAAGACUCAGAAACUCUUUCCUCCGUCCGUCUGGGUUGGGUAUUUUUCAGAUAUUAGACGUAAAGUGUCUCUGUGAAAGAUGAGGGGCCUCGUUGAUCAUUUUGAAUUAUUCUGAUUUACUUCUCAUCAGAUGCCAUAUGAUAUUAAAUUUAAAAGUGAUGUGAAUGUCAUUGCCAUUUAAUUUUCUAUGCAUAUGUAUGUCUACACGCUGUACAUAAUGACCCUCAGAAUGUUGUCAUUUCAAUAUUUCCAUGUUGUACUCCACCUGGCUUCGAUAGGAUGUUGGCUUCAUCUCAAAAUUAUAUUUUCAGACUGUUAAAAACAAACAGAAUAAAUACUUGAUCGUCAA